AACGUUUGCAGGUAAAUCUGAGAUUCUGUUAACGUUAUCUAUCACCACAUAAUUGUCCGACCCUUUUGGAAUCACCGUGUAGACGUAUCACAAAAAUGUUCAGUUUUCUUUGUGAUGGCGACUCUCUUAAAAAUGUUAAUAAAUCUCAAAUCUUAAGCUUUGGAUGUUCUAAGGUCAGUUUAUUAUCACUUCAAGCAAUACAGGUGUUGCCGGGCCUUUAUGUGGGAAAUUACAGGGACUCAAAAGACGCUAACCAACUAGCCAAACACAACAUAACACACAUCCUUGCCAUCCAUGACUCUGCGAAAAGAAUACAUUCCGAUAAGCACUAUCUUUGCGUGAUGGCUUCGGAUUCUCCAGAUCAAAACCUGACUCAAUAUUUCUCUAUAUGCAACGAUUUUAUCCACGCGGCGAGACUUCGAGAAGGCAACGUUUUAAUACAUUGUUUGGCUGGAAUGUCUCGCAGUGUGACAGUGGCAGUGGCGUACAUCAUGUCUGUAACUAACCUCAACUGGAAGGAAGCACUGAAAGUCGUUAGAGCUGGUCGCGCGGUGGCCAACCCCAACUUGGGCUUCCAAAAGCAAUUACAGGAUUUUGAAGCCACGCGGUUAGCGAAGGAGCGCCGCCGUCUCAAAGAGCGAUAUCCAAGUUUAGCUUUAGUAAAUAUAGAUAGAGAACAAUGUUCUUUAAUGCUCAAUAACUACGAGGAGUUGCUGCAAUCUCGAUCGAUCUGUGAAGGUAGAUGUGCUUUGGGUGAAGAAUGUCCAACGGGAAUCUGCAGAUCAAAAAAUCAAAAUCCAGCGGCCCAUCAGCCACGUUCGAGGCGACAGAGUAGAAGUACAAGAUCGCGUUCUGAAAUGUCCCGAAGUCCAAGUAACACUAGCGCUGCUAGUACUAGCACCAGACCUCGCUCGGGUCCCGCAGGACUUCGCAGCUAUACAGGUUCAGCUCCGCCAUCUCGGACCGGUUCCCGCGUAGAUAUAUCUUCCAUAGGUGUUUCUGGAACCCUUACAGCUCCGACCACCCCUCAAACAAGCCCUCCAAUAUCUCCGAAACGUAGAGGAACAGUCGCGGUACCUCUGGCUGUGAAAGAAGACGAUUUUGAUUUAUAGCCCUCGCCACAAGAGGAUAAACUCCUAAAAAAUUCUAGAGGAUAAGGUAGUUUUUUGAUGCGCAUGGCAGGAGGUUAAAAAGGGUGCAAAAUUUUUGUUGGUUGUGAUUUUUGAAUAAAGAAUUUAUAUACACUCUGGCCACUAGAAGCUUCGUGCUUAUAUAUUAUGAGGAAUCACUGCUUAUAUUCCAUCCGUGUCGUGUUUAGAGGAGUAGAUCCACGUUAGGGGCGUAGAAAAAACAUGUGGUAUAAUGUAACUCAUCAUAUCAUCAACCCAUUUUGAUGACUGAUUUUUUUUACAAACUAUAAUUACAAUCAUUUUUAAUAAAUUAUUUAAUAGAUGUUACUUAUUAUGACGGAGUUAAAAAUUCGUCCAUUUACAUAUUGCAUCGCAGUCGCAUUUCUUACCAUUUAUUUAGGAUUUUCUUUUAUUUUCACUUGAGAAAAAUUCACGGUGACAACAAUUAUUUUCAAUAAAAUAAUACGUCUACAAGCGUAUUUACCUUCCUAAGUAAUGUCAGGUUUAUUCAAAAUAUUUCAUUAUUAUUUUUUAUAUGCUUCAAUUAGAACUUGUUUUUUUCAGAAUAAAUGACGAGUAUUUGGUUGUACUUUCCAAUCAAUACCAAAAAUUACAUGCAAAUUUGUUGACAUAGUUUACAGUUUUAUUAAUAAUACUGUUGUUAAAUAUGCCAAAAAGACAUCAUUCAGUCAAACAUAUAGCGAAGUAGUGACGUCAUCGUAAGAGUCGUUUUAUAUAUACACCUGCGAGUAUAUUUACAAAUAAUCUAUUAAAAUAAAGUAAAACAACACAAAUAAAUCGGAGCUUUUUUAAGUAACUUUACCGACGAGUACCUAUAUUAAAUCAGUCUCAUAUCAGAUUUGUUGAAGCUUCAUACAGUGAACAAAACACAAUUUAAUAGUAGUAGUUUUUUGCUGAUCUUUUUACAACUUAUUGGGCUCAAUAAGUUCGUUAAACUUGAAAAAAUUAUUCUGUUUUUGACGGUAACUCAUUCUGAUUUGUAAGUCCAAUGCAAAGUUGUUUUACUAAAUUAAAAAAAAAACCUUUACAUGUUUAUAAUGAUGAAUAUUUUAAUGUUAACAAGAGCAAUGACUUUUUCCACACUGGAAUUAGAGAUAGCAUGCUCAAAACCAAGCUUUGUGAAAAUAAUUAAGUAGCACAAAUGAAUAUAGUGAUAAAAUACAUAUUUUACUAGCGAAGUAGGUUGUUGUUCAUGGCGCUGGUCGCCAGAUUUAUUGCAAUAAUGUACACAUUUGUUAUCAUAAUUUAUUGUGCAGUUUAAUAAUUAAACAACUGCACUAUAACUAUAUUUAUGUGUAUGGAAUUAUGUAAUAAAAAUAUGCCACUUUAUUAAAAUACCAUUCAAAAAUUUAAAAACUGGUAGCAGUAAAGCAAUGCUAAGUAAUAAAUUUUUAUUGGUUUGUGUGAUAAUAGUGAUAUUUUUUUACAUCAGCAACAAAAAUUGUUAUUUUUAGCAAUGUUGAUAUAUAAGUAAUACCCCGUCAUAUACCUGCAUUAUGUCUCUACCUAGUAAACAGAAUGUAUGGAACCAUACGUUUUUUGCUUAAACCAUUAAUUUGAAACAUUUUUUGUUAAAAAAAUCUAAUUGAUGAAUGAUAAAGUACUAUAAAAAUGUGUCGUCUCUCAAGAAUAAAAUUUUUUGAAUUUUUUUUUUCCU